CAAAUAAACCGUCCAUCUUCGUGCAGAGGCAAGCGGCGGAUGCGAGUCGUGGGGUGGGGACUUACGGCGCUCUUUCUGCUCCAUAUUUGCACCUCUUUCAAACGUGCAGGGCCGACAAGCUUGGCGGUGCUGGGCAGAGGUUCUUUGAUGUUCGUCGAUACCGCUGCGUGAUGAUGUCACGCGGCAGAGAGCAAAGGAGGGAGGCGAGAUCAAAGGAGGAAGGGAGGGAUGAGGACACAACAGAGGAUAACCAAGACAACAACGGGACAAAGAUGGCGACUACUUGUUCUGCAGUGGGGCGUCCACUGGUGUCCACUCUUCCCAGCCGUUGGGAAGAACCGAAGGAACGCGGCGAGCUUGUUCCCCUUUUUUGUCCAAACCGGAUGACCGCCGGUGUUAGACGCUGGGAACCGGCACGCCAACAUCAGCCGUCACCGCCGCCAGGCUAGCAAGAGACCGUUAGUCAUGGGUAAACACUCGGACAGUGAUUGGUCAGAGAUGAGGACCGGUGCUGGAACCUCACCUGAGCCACCAGGCCCGGACGUCCUCUCCACAGGAACGCCGGCCUCUGACAGCACACAUGCUCCUGGAUGACUGACGGCGGAGGAGAGUGACAGGGAGGAUGUUCGAGCGGCGGCAGCGGCAGCGGCGUGCUCUUUCGGUCCUGCCAGCGUCUCCGCCUGUGUGGACAUUGGCUCCUAAAUGACUUCCCUCCUGUUCAAAGGAACAACACCGCUGAGAGGGUGAAUUGUUUUCCAGCAAACUCACUGCUACAGAGGAAGGUCUGACCUCCUUCUUCUGCAACCAGAUACAUGAGCGUUGUCAGAGAUUUACAUGGGGUCGGGUACAGGGGCGGCGGAGGCGUCGUGGCUUCUCUGAACGGCCCCGCGCACUUCACCGAAGAUGCCCCCCGGCCUCCUGUUCCCGGCGAGGAGGGCACUGAUCUGGACCCGCCGGUCCAGUCAGGCAACAGCCGUCCAGGCAGCCUGUCCCAAACCCAGGGAUAUCCCUCUUCUAAAAUGGGAGACCCGUUGAGUCACGCGCCCUCCUCCUCGUCGUCCGCAACCCCCCGCCGGCCCGACCUGGACCUGGGCUACGAGCCGGAGGGCUCGGCGUCUCCGACUCCGCCGUACCUGAAGUGGGCCGAGUCGCUUCACUCGCUCCUGGACGACCAGGAUGGCACCAACCUGUUCCGGAGCUUCCUGUGUCAGGAAGGGUGCGAAGACCUGGUCGACUUCUGGUUCGCGUGCUCGGGCUUCCGGCAGACCAGCCAGGACAAGAGGGCCAAGUUGGCCAAGGUCAUCUACAGGAAGUACAUAGUGGACGGGAGCGGCAUCGUCUCCAGGACGAUCAAAGCGGCCACGAAGAGCUUCAUCAGAGACUGCGUGGGAAAGCCACAUCUAGACCCUGCCAUGUUUGAACAGGCUCAGACAGAGAUCCAGGCCAUGAUGGAGGAGAACACCUACCCUCUGUUCCUUAAAUCUGACCUUUACCUGGAGUACACCCGGACGGGAGGAGAGAGCCCCAAGCCCAAUCCCAGCGAUCAGAGUCCCUCAUCGGGCCUGGCCAAGCCGCCGCCCGGCUAUCUGCCGACUCUAGCUGAGGAUGUGGAGUGGAGAGGUGGAGUUCGAGAGGAAGAGAAAGAUGAAGAAGAUUGCGGAGACACACCAGUGAGUAGGCUGACCCAAAGCCUGCUGAUGCAGACGGCACCGCAGAGAGCCUCACCCAACAGGCGGAGGCAGGACAGCAGGGAGUACAGACCUUGGAGAGAGCCAGUAAACCCAUACUACGCAAACAUGGGCUAUGCCCGGGCCCCAGUAACCAGCGCCAACGACAGUGAGCAGCAGAGCAUGUCAAGCGACGCAGAUACAAUGUCCUUGACCGACAGCAGUGUAGAUGGUAUUCCUCCAUACAGAUAUCGAAAGCAGCAUCGGAAAGAGAUGCAUGAAAGUGCCAAAGCCAAUGGCCGUGUGCCCCUACCUCAUAUACCUCGCACGUGUCGCAUACCAAAGGACAUCCACGUAAAGCCGGAGAUGUUUGCAGCAGAGCUCAUCAACAGGCUGGAGGCUGUUCUCAAAGAACGAGAGGCCCAGGAAAGGCUUGAAGAAAGGCUGAAGAGAGUACGACUGGAAGAAGAGGGCGACGACGCCGACGUCUCCAUGACGACCUCCAUGUCUUCUCACAGCAUACCACUUCCCCUCCCCUCGUCGUUUCCACCUCUGUACGGGGCCCGUUAUUCAGAGACCACUGCGAACACGGGAGCAGCCACCACGUACGGCGGCCUGGUCGCCAUGGAGGACCCUCACGAAGACGACCCCGAAUCCAUUUUGGACGAACAUGUGCAGCGGGUGAUGAAGACGCCGGGCUGCCAGUCGCCGGGGGCAACCAACAGCAGCUUAGGCGGCGGAGGGCGGCAUACUCCGCCCAAAACGUCACGCUCACCUGACGGAGGAAUUGGGCCGCCUCACUACCCCUCACACAGAGGAGGGGGGCAGAGUCUGCCAACCGUGGGGGCUAAAGGCAUUUACCACCAUAAGCAGGUUUACCACCACAAAGGAAGAGACGGACAAGAGGAGACGGGAGGUCGGCCUCCGCCCAACCUGCUGUUGAACGGAGACCAAGCCAACCAGUACGCGGGCCGGAGAAACUACGCAGACGGAGCUGGAGCCAGCACCCUCGAGGGCAUGGGCUACGGUAGCAAAGGCAGCACAAUGUCACGGCGGGGCUUUAAGAAGACGGAAACGUCGAGCAAAGGUGACGAGAGUGGGCGUGGCCUGGAAACCCAGGGCUAUCCGGGUACUCAGGUGGAGGAUCUGGAGAGGAACCAGAAGAUUUUGCAAUGGAUGAUGGACGGAGACAGGCAAAGGAAGAGUUCUCAUGGCGGCAGCACCAGCAGCUCCAGGAGAACAGGAACCAGCACCGAGUCGCCGCGCCCGACCUCCGUGGAGCGACCUGGAGCCGUGCACCCGUGGGUCUCCGCCCAGCUGCGCAACAACUCCUCCUCGGUGUCCACGGCGAUCCCCGGCUCGUCGUCCACUCAGGUCCAGCCUUCGCACCCGUUCAUCCAGGACCCGGCCAUGCCACCCAACCCCGCCCCCAACCCGCUCACGCAGCUGGAGGAGGCGAGGCGGAGGCUGGAGGAGGAGCGGAGGAGGGCUGCUCUACUGCAGGCGAAGCAGAAACACAAGUCUGGGAAGCGGCAGGUGUGUGAGAACAUGACCGUGGCGUACUACUUCUGUGGAGAGCCCAUCCCAUACCGGACAUCAGUGAAGGGCCGCGUGGUGACUCUGGGCCAGUUUAAAGAGCUGCUUACCAAAAAGGGCCACUACAGGUUCUACUUCAAAAAGGUGAGCGACGAGUUCGACUGUGGAGUUGUGUUCGAGGAGGUCCGCGACGACGACGCCAUCCUGCCCAUCUUUGAGGAGAAGAUUGUCGGGAAGGUGGAGAAGGUCGACUGAAAUUCUGGGAACGGGAAACGGAACAGAUGAUUAUCGAAACGAGGAGACGCGACACCUGCAAGAAAUCGGAACGCUGGCAAGUAGAAAGAUGGACGAGCGACGUCUCAGAAGGGUAGAAAAACGCUGCGUAGAACGACUGAUGAAAGAUGGGAACUCACGGAUAAACAAAUACCUGCCUGGAUCAGAAACAAAGGAAAAAAAAAAUUGGGUCAGAUAAUGCUGGAAUGGAGAACAGAGCAAAAUAUUUUCCCUCUGUUCUGUUCUUUACAGAUCAACAAGGAGAGCUAUAUAUAAAAAAAAAUAAAGUUGAUGGAAAAGGGGUGAGGGAACUUCUGGAAGGAAAAAAAAAAGAGGAUGAAAGUUGUCUUCCACUUCUGCUCUAAAGGAGGAGCGCGUGUCCUCUGCAGACCAUUACAAUGCUGCUACAUUACCACGGAAACGCUUCAGUCGGUGCUCAGGACGGCAGCUCGCCGUCUUCGUUCCUCGUCACCUGGGGACCGGUGGGGGAGAGGACAGAAACAAAAAAUCUGAACGUUUUCAUCUAGCUUCUCGUUUGUAUUUGUUUUUUUUGUUUGUUUUGUUUUUUUGCCUUGGUAGCCUCAGAACAGAGAGACGUACUCACCGCCGCGCGGCCCAACGCGUCCCACACUGAUCGCUCACAUCCUACCGUUCACACGACAGUUCUCCUAACUUGUUUACCAAAGCUACAUAUUUUGUUUGAUUGGACAAGUAUUCUAGCUACUUGUUAUCAUUUCAUUUGAUUUGUAUAUGAACAAAGGCAGGUACUAUUACUUAUUUACUGCAUUUUUGUUUUGUCAUAUCUCACUUUAUAUAGUAUUAUUGUGUAUGUUUUGAAAAUCACGUCGAAGCAGCGAUGGAGUUUCUCGUCACUAAAUCAUAAAAGUGCCCCUCGUUUCCGUCGUCUCGAUAGGAUUCGUCUGCUCUUAAAUGUUUUUUUUUUUCUACUUUUUUUUUCUGAACCUAGCUUUUUUUUCCUCCUCCACUAUAAUGUUUUUCAAAAUUCCCACUUUUCUAAAACACCUCUGCAAGUUUUCCACAUCUGCCCCAGUUGGUAGUCUCGUGUGUGUUGCAGCGGAAGCUGAGGAAACAUGUGGGGUGGGUACACAUCGCUGUGUUUACAGGACUUCAGAUUAAGCUAAUGUAGAAAUUGCCCUUUUUUUAAUGUUCUCUGCUUUGUUGAAAUCCUCAGCGGUAGGUUUAUCCCGGGUGCCUGCCUCGUCGGUACCGUUAUGCUUUUCAACGAAAAAAAAACAAUUCUCAAUCACAUCUGCGCCUUUAUCCGUCUUGUAUGUGAUCUCUGCCAAAGAACAUGUGUCCUACAAGCCGACAUGCGUGUCUAAGAAUCAUUUUUACCGUAACGAGCUGAAGGGAAUGUUGCUCCAGUAGAUUUGCCAAUCUAAAAAAAUGCCCAUCUUGACAAUUCAUUUUAAAUAUAAUAAUAAUAUCCAUUUCGACCUGUUUAGUUUAGUUUUUUUUUUUUUUUUUUACUUUUUUGAAAUCCUCUUUGCCAAAGUUGAUUUCAUUUCAGCCAACUCUGAUUUCUAUUUACAAAGUUUAAUUACCAGCAGGCAAUAUAUAUAUUUUUCUUUCCUUCUAGCCAUGAGCAGUCACUAAUCAGUUCUGUUAGGAGUGGAGGUGAUGUCACACUGUGUGUGUGUGUGGGUGUGAGGAAAUAGACACAAAAAAAGAGUCUUUACAAUUUAAAGCAAACAAAAACAAUCACAGGAGAGAUUUCAAGAUAUUUUUUUUCUUCAUUAAAGAAUACAACAAGAGUAUUUAUCGUUUACACCAGAGGUCUGGGGUUCUGCAGCCACUUGUGGCCCUUUAAAUCAUCCAUAAUUUUGUCCAAAAUAUUAAGGAAGUGGGUGAGCAAUUUUUUAAAGGAAAUAAAAAAGAAAUGCUAGCUUUAGCAGUUUUUCCUAGGUGAUGGGCUUCUUUCUUUUGUCGAUAAAUUCUAUUUAGCGAGGCUGAGGGCAGAAAUGGCUGACAGAUAUGAAUGUUGCUGACCACUGGCCCCUUUACCUAAGACAGAGGAGGGGUUCCUACCAAACUGGUUUAAAUAAUAAACGGUGCUCAUCACCAGUACUUUGGGCUGCCAUUGCAGCAAACAUCAAUAAACUGGCUCAACGUUAAAUGUAACUUUUUCGCACCAAGAAGCUAAAACUAGCUAGAAAAAAAACUAACCCAGCCUCCAGUUUAAUGAAACUACCAACCAAUCAAAACCUUCUGAGUGCCAAUUUAGUUUUGUUUCAUCUAAUUUAAGACAAGAAAACACUAGAAACAUAAAACUUCAACAUUCACAAGUUGGAUUCGCACUGGAAUAGCACAAACUUUCUCUUUCUCUCAAACUUUUAACCACAAUAAAGAUGGUUAACUGUGAGCCUUUCUCACUCUGUAGCAACUUCCUCCUUAAAGAACACCGCAAAAAAAAAAUCAUAAUUUUACCAAGUAUUUUUGGUCUAGUUUUUAGUACAAAUAUCUUUGUACAAUAUCGAUGAAGCAGACCUGGCAGAUUAUUUUUUCACGUAUGACAUGGGGAAGACGUGAAACAAUCCGCCAGUGGACCCAGUAACCUUUUAUUAAUUUCAAAGAAUAAUUUACUUAAAACAAGCUCCUAUGUCUUGCUGAAACGUUGUUAGUUUUAUCUUUAUUCAAGUGUAGUAAAGAACUUGUGCUAUAAACUAGACCAAAAAUACUGUGAAAGAUUUAGUGGGGUUUUUUUGCAGUGAGUGUUGCUAAGACAUUGGUAGCACUUUGAAAUGGUGCGUUCUGUUACUGAAAAUAAUAAUAUAAAAGAUCAGGUUGAAUUUCAGACGCAGUUGAGCUGAAAUCUGGUCCAUUUCUUUUUGCGUGCGUGUGUGUGUGUGUUUCGGUUCAUCUCGUUUGCAAUCUGCAGUUUUUAUAAUUUACAAGUCUGCCAUUUUGUCUUUCUGCGCGUUAGAUGACAGAAUGUACAAGUCUCCAAUCUGAAAGAGCACACCCGAAGCCAAAGCAGCUGUUAGUUUACAGGACAGAAUAAAAACGCAGGACCGCUGUUAGCCGGAUAUUUAUUCAGGAUUAAUUAAGCUGGGUUUGCACCUUUUUUUUUUUUUAAGAGUAGUUAUUUUACUCAUUUUUGAUCUCAUUGGAUCUAUAACUAAAAUAGUCAGUGACACACUCAUCUAAAAAUGGAUCAGCUUAGAGAAAUAAAAAAUAAAAUAAGAUCAACUUUAAUCUGGGUCUGGAACAAUUUUGAGCUUCUUAGAUGCAAGUUAAAAGGGAAAAUGUUAAUUUUUUAUUUUUUUUUUAAAUCAGACCUGCUGUUUGCUAUUAUCCUUAUCUCAGUUAGCCUCCUGUAGGUUUUGGUUCAUGUUUAUUUCACAGACACGAUUGGCAUAAAAUUUUGUCGUCUAGUUAUUUCUGAGGAAAUGGAACGAACACAUUUUAAAUCCCCCUGUCCUUCUAGCAGCUUCCAUCAGUGCCACAACCUGUUUUUGUACAAGCUGGUUCACUGAAACACCAGGUAUCUGAGCUGAAUGUAUAUUUUUAAAAAAGUUUUCUCUUUAGCCCAUUUCCUGUAAGGACUCCUCCCAAGUGAUCAUAUCAUGUCUGUCUCCAGUAUUGAUCUCAUGCUGCUGCGGACGUGUCGCGCUUUCCCCCCCGCCCCCCUCAUGCUGGUAGAUAAUUGAAUGUUCCCGUCAGAAACGCGGGUUCUGUCGGCUUGUCGAACGUCGUCGUACCCGGGUUGAAAAUCUGGAAACUUGUCCUUAAAACCCCUUAUGCCUUCAGAUGAAAAAUUUUGAAUAUGUAUUUGUUUAUAAGAAGAAAAAAAAACGUAAUCACUGAGCAUGUUGUUUAUAAAGAAUGUUUUUGAUUGAAUUUAAAUCUAUUUUUAUUGUUUUUGUGCAGACUGCUCUGGCCCUCUGACAUCUUGUUUUAACUUUAGCGAUGGACAGUCAUGAAAUUUUUAUUUUUUUUUUUAAAUAAAAUGAUUUUUAAAAAAAAGAACGCCUUCAUCUGCAGCAUUGGGGAUUGUGAAGCUCAGUGCCUUUUAUUACGUAUUCUUAACCAGUCUAUAAUUUUAAUAUAAAAUUUAGUCAUAAGUCACUCCCGGUGCGUGUUAAUUUUUAUUUUAUUUUUUUCAAAAGCCACAGUGUUGCUCUUUCUCCCUUCUGUUCAGAUCAACCCUGUGCUGUAAAUAUGUACAUUAUCAUUUCAUACGUGUUGUCAGACCUGCACCACAUUGUCCAUGGUGUUUCUGUUUUUUUUUGUUUUUUUUUCCAAUGCCAAGAUGUCCCUGUGCUGGUUUCACUUGUACAUUUCUUAAAAAGGUACUUCAUAAUAAAGAUGUUGAAUAAA